GAAACACUCCGCCGUAUCAGGCUGCGCAUCUGCAGCCCGAAAUCCUCCCACGUGAUGGGCUGAAGUGUUGGCGGCCUGCCUCGAGCACUGCCUACCUCCGAUCUUCAUCCUCGCAACGUUUUCGACAAAGGUCCUAGUCAGCUCUGUUGGCGCCGAUACUGGCCUGCUGAAAUAUCGCACCGAUUGACACCCUCCAUUUCGGAUAUCGAACAUGGCGAAUCUGAAUCCAUCCGACGGCUUCACCGACCUGGUGCGGGAUUCAAGGCUGCAAGCAACUUUCCGAAGCGACGGACAGCAAAGCUGCACGAUACACACCCGAUCGGCGGGUCAUCGAACGAGGCAAAGACGAGACAUAUGGAUACACAAAAAAGAACUAGGGUUUGGCGGAUAUGGAUCUGUACAGUUACAGCUGAAGGAGGCGCCGAAUCCUGGUCUGCCUCAGUAUCGGGCGGUUAAGAGCAUUCGUGUGUCGGAGAACGACUUCAAGUCAAAGCGAUCGCAAUACGUUCGGGAGCUUGAGUCCCUUGCCAAGUUCUCCCAUGAAAAGUAUACGGAUUUCUUUGUCAAAUUCAGUGGUUGGUAUACAAGUCCUGGAUGGCUCCAUAUCGCAAUGGAGUAUUGUGAGCUCGGAGAUCUACACAAGUAUCUCUCUGAUGCUCGGAAAUGCCCUGACAAUCGCUUGCCUGAAGAUCAAGUCUUAGACAUUGCAUCGCAGGUCCUCAAUGCCUUAUCAAUGAUGCAUGGAGAGCGGUUCGCCCACCGAGACCUAAAGCCGGCAAACAUUCUCAUCAAGAGCCACCCACCAGAACCGUGGUGGGUGAAGAUGUGUGAUCUUGGUCUCAGCAAACGGAUUGGAGAUUUCUCAGGAUCUACCAUGGUGCCCGGAACACGGAAUUUCAUGCCGCCCGAGAUUCUGGGUUUCAUUGGAGACUCUAAAGCUGCUGAUCCAUACUUGGGAGAUAUGUGGUCUUUUGGAGAGACCAUCUUUCAAACCCUUACUGGCCAACCUACGUUUGAUAACCCGACAUCCAUCAACAGAUACUGCAACAACCAAAUCCAAUUUCCUGGUGCAGCUCUCAGGGACUUGGGGGCAAGUGAAGAUGCAAUCGGCUUCAUUGGUUCAGUAAUGAAUUCGAAUCCAUCGAAACGGCUUACGGCAGACGAGGCACUGGGUCAUUGUUGGAUCAAACUGAACACGCAGACGCCACCAGAGGAAGGAGAUGUACGCCUUCCAAACGCUUCUGAUGAGUCUUCUCAGUGGUCUCUAGAGGUGCCAUUCCGGCCGCAGAUGAACCACGACAUGUUGGCGACUGCUGAGUGGACAACUACGGGCAAUCAUUACGACUCACCAAGCAUCACGAGAAAUACGGCUCAGAUUCAAGUAGUACACCAAAGUUCCUCGCAAUCACUAUCAACGAAAGGGACGAGAGAUGAUGCGAAAAUGCCAACAGUUGAAGAUGAGACACCCAUCGCCAGAGAAGGCCGUGACACAUUACCAAACAACGAGGGAAAUACUAUCCAAAACCAUGCCGAGGAUGUGACUCUUCGACCGCAGUUCUUACCUUCGACAACAGGCGAGCCAACUGGGAAAACGGAAGCGAUCCGAGAGGACCCGGUCAGCAUCAAAGACUUCGAGAACAUUCGAGAUAUACGUUCACGCGCCGAAACCUACUAUCGAGAGAAGCAGUAUCACAGCGCAGAGCAGAUGUUUCGAAAAGUUCUUGAGCAUGACAUAAGGGAACUAGGCAGAGAUCAUCUUGACACGAUUGAAACCAUGGAGAGGGUGUCUUCUUGUCUUGAGAAACAGAGAAAACGUGAAGAGAGAGAAGAGAUCCUCCGAGAGUUAUUGCAUAUCAACGAGCAGGUAUCAGGAAGGAACCACUCUAGGACGUGCAAUUCACUUUACAAGCUUGCUCUGUCAGUAUAUGAUCAAGAGAGAUAUCGAGAGGCAGAAGAGCUCUUCGAGAAGACCCUAUCUCUCUGUGAGGAGGUGUCAGGGAGAAAACAUCCUGAUAUAUUGGACAUCCAGUACUGGCUUGCUCAAUCAGUAUUUCGACAGAAGAGAUAUCAAGAGGCAGAAGAGGUCUUCCGAAAGAACCUAUCUCUUAGGCAAAAGGUAUUGGGCAGAGAGCAUCCUAAUACACUACUCACUCUGUACUGGCUUGCUCAAUCAGUAUUUGAGCAGAAGAGAUAUCAAGAGGCAGAAGAGGUCUUCCGAAAGAACCUAUCUCUUAAGGAGAAGAUAUUGGGUGGAGAGCAUCCUGAUAUAUUAAACAUCCAGUUCUGGGUUGCUCGAUCAGUAUUUGAGCAGAAGAGAUAUAAAGAGGCAGAAGAGGUCUUCCGAAAGAACCUAUCUCUCAGAGAGAAGGUAUUGGGCAGAGAGCAUCCUGAUACAGUAUCCACUCAGUACUGGCUUGCUCAAGUAGUAUUUGAGCAGAAGAGAUAUCAAGAGGCAGAAAAGGUCUUCCGAAAGAACCUAUCUCUUAGGGAGAAGGUAUCGGACAGAGAGCAUCCUGAUACAUUGGAUACCCAGUACUGGCUUGCUCAAGUAGUAUUUCGACAGAAGAGAUAUCACGAGGCAGAGGAGGCAUUCCGAAAGAACCUAUCUCUUAGGAAGAAGGUAUUGGGCGGAGAGCAUCCUGAUACAUUGGAUACCCAGUAUUGGCUGAACAAAUUGCUUUCCAAAAACGGGGAAAAAGGAAAAAAAUCGGGUCCGGUCAGAAUUUUGAAGGAAAUCUUCGGAUCAUCCUCCAAGUAG